AUGGAGGGCAUGGACAUAGACCUGGACCAGGAGCUCAUGCAGAAGUUCAGUUGCAUGGGCACCACGGACAAAGAUGUCCUCAUCUCUGAAUUCCAAAGACUGCUGGGCUUCCAGCUCAACCCCGCUGGCUGCGCCUUCUUCCUAGACAUGACCAACUGGAAUCUUCAAGCAGCAAUUGGAGCUUAUUAUGACUUUGAGAGUCCGAACAUCAACACACCAUCAAUGUCUUUUGUAGAAGAUGUGACUAUUGGAGAGGGAGAGUCCGUGCCCCCUGACACACAGUUUACAAAGACGUGGCGGAUACAGAACACAGGUUCAGAGUCAUGGCCCCCAGGUGUGUGCCUGAAAUACAUAGGAGGGGACCAGUUUGGCCAUGUCAAUAUGGUGAUGGUGCGGUCUCUGGAGCCACAGGAAAUCUCAGAUGUCAGUGUGCAGAUGCGCAGUCCAGCUAAUCCCGGCAUGUACCAGGGCCAGUGGAGAAUGUGCACAGCCACUGGACUCUUCUACGGAGACGUGAUCUGGGUAAUACUCAGUGUGGAGGUUGGGGGUCUGCUUGGGGUCACGCAGCAGCUGUCCUCCUUCGAGACGGAAUUCAACACUCAGCCACAUCGUAACGUAGAGGGAGACUUCAACCCCUUUGCUUCACCACAGAAGAACAAGCAAGAUGCCAACGAGGAUAACCUAAAGGACCCGGGAGGCCCCUGGGUGGCCCCUCUGGACUCCAUUCAGCAAGAUCAAAAUGGACUCUCUCACAACUCUGUAAAUAUUACACCAAAUGGUCUCCAAAACAACUUAUCGGUAGUGACUUACAGCCAGGGCUGCCAUGGGCCCUACCCUUUUGGACAGUCUUAAGGGACAGAAAUCAUCACCAUCUGGAAUCCCCCCCUUUUCUGCGGGGUUACACAGGGGAGUAACAGAUUUAUUAUAAAGACUUUGCAGCCCUCCUCUCCCCCCAUGCAUCACAACACGACCUAAGAUACAGACAAGGCUGUUUUGGUUCUUAAUCAAUAAUCAGCUGUUGUCGACACCUGAGUUACGCAUGUGUGAAUGCUAAAUUAAGAUGAGUGCUAGAAAUCCUCAAAAUGAAAUACACAGGUUUUUUUGGUCUGUAUUGUCGCAACCGUAGAAUUAAGUGAGAGAUUUGAUGUGCGUAUGAGUGCGUAUGUUUGUGUGCGCUUGGAUGCGCGUGUGUGGACGAUGCACAAAAGAGAAGUGAAAAAAAGCCAUUGAAAAAGAAUUUUUGCUUGUCAAGUAGAUUUAUAUUUUACAUUGAUGUUGUUCGACUUUUACUUUGCAAACUGAACGAUUUUACUGAAAAAAAAAAAAAGAAACCGGUAAUUAUCUACAUGGAAAAAUGAGUCAUCCUGACCUGUACUACUCAUGAUAAUUGUAGAUUUGGUCAGAACUCUUUAUUUCAUACUUUUCUUCAAGUGAUCCACAAGGCACUUGCCUUAUUUAGUCCUAAGUUAUGAUUGCUGAUCUUAAAGUGGAAUUCUAACAAUAGAUUUCAAAUGAAUUUCAAAAUUUCUUCAUAAUUCACUCAUUGAAUUGUUAGCAAAGUCACUUGGAGUGGUUUGAUGGCUUGAGAAAAGGUUCAGUAGUGGUGAUAGGAACCAGGGGUUGCAAUGUCUACUGCACAAGUAUAGCCGUUAUUUAUUGUCGACCAGGGAACCUACGUGUGGGGUUUUUUUUUUUUUUAGGUUUUUAUAUAUUGUUUAUAAUGACAAAUUAGUGGUGAAUCUGAAGAGGUAAGUAUUCUUUAGGGACUAUUUUGCCUUAUAACGCCCUGCAUGUAUCACUCAGCCAUGAAUGUAUUAAAGAAUAGGUUUUAGGCCAAAAGCUUAACUCCAAUCUGUUGUAUAACAGUGUCCAUUUUGUGAGCUUUUAGAUGCGCUGAACACUUAAGGCGCCUGGUUCCAUUCACUACUACUGUGAACAGUUGUGACUCAGUAAGUUUUUCUAUAACAAAGCAUUUUACAUCAGACCACUCUGAAUGGCUUUGUUUACAUGUUAACCAUUUAAUUAUGAAGAAACCUAUCAGUGAUAUUGUCCUUUUAAAAGUAUUUCAGAUAACAAACUUGCGCCAGCAUCAGAACAUAAACUCAACAGUAGUGCUUAUUAGAGGCCAGAAGAUGGAACCAUUGAACCUAUGAUCAGAACACAUACCUGCAGCUCUGUUAUACUGGAAAGCUUAACCGGCCCUUUGAUCAUUCUGGGCUAAUAUCACGAUUGCACUGAGCUCCACAGCUCCCACUUGAAAGCCCUUAUGGUCUUGUUUUUGCAGUCGCUCGUGCGGACAGUUCAUUCUUCUUCUGACGCUUUGGAGGCCAAUAGCUUUUGAGCGUGUGUGGUGGCUUCAAUCCUAGUAACUCAAUGCCUGAGGCACAGACGUUUGACUCAAGUGUUCAUUUCAUUACGGCUUGCUGGUUUUUCUAAUGCAAGAGUCCCCAAAGCACAUGAUCAUUUGACACUAUUGCUCGGCUUAGCCACAGUGUUUUUUUUUUUUUUUUUUUUACCCCCUCUUCUUUUUUUAGUUCACCACUAUAUAAUUAGUCACAAAUGAUCUAGGCUGUUUCACGUCAAGGAAGUUUUUGACUAUUUUUAUGGAGGAUGUUUAUUGAACUGUCUUCACUCUCCUGAUUUUUGAAUGUGUUCUUUCAUAAGUGACAUUUUUGCUGGUAAACCCCAAAUAUAAAAUGCAUACGAAUGCAUAUAUACAAGAAAAUGUUUAGCCUAAUUUGUGUUUACAGAUUGAUGUUAUGGUAUGUACACAGGCAAGGACAUGAUAUAUUCAAUAUGUCAGGGAAUAGAUUACAUAUCUAUUUAUAUUUAUAAUUUAUGAUGAAAUUUGAACGUUGUGAUUGUUGUGCAGUUUUAAUUGGCUUGUGUAAUAAUCUAAUUGGCUGAUAUAGAGUCCUGUGCAGUAUCCCAAUUCAUUGGUCAUCAUGCAAAAACAAUUCCUUGGAAAAGAUGUGCGAUGGAAAGUAUGUGUUGUGCCCAUAAUCACUCUGACAUGUUGAAGUGAACGUGAUCACUGUAAUUUGCUUUUAACUGAUGUUACAGUUUGUCAAAACGGCCCUCUUUGCUAUGCAUCUGGUAACUGAUAAAAUGUUGACGUGUUCAUUACUGACACAAUUGUUUCGUCUUAUGUUUUCGGAAUAGCUGUGCGUUUAGUUGAGAUCACUGAUUAUCUAUGCAGUGCUUGAAGGGGGUCAUCCGGUUUUUGUUUGUCAGAGUUAAAAAAAAAAAAAAGUUACGUAACACAACGAUACUAUACAGCUAACUGAGACUGUCUUGGAUUGCCAUAGAGAUUGGACAAGUAAAAUUACUUUGCAAAUAUUGUGUGCUGCCUACAGCUCAAGGACAAUGUCAUUGCCUCAUGAGUCGAGUCUUCCUUUGAGUUGUGUCUGUGAAUGUCCUCAUCCACAACAAAAUAGAUAUGCCUGUUUCCAGAUUAAUAUUACUGUCAGAGUUAUGUGCGAAAGGCUGUGUUUGAGUGAGAAGUUGCUAUGUUAUGGUUUUCUUCUUCUUUUUUUUCUUUCCUUAAUUUUUUUGGACAUAUUUCUUUUGUUUGCUGUUGGGUUUUCUUCACAGUGGCAUGGUGAAUGGAUGAACAGAGCGUUUGCAUAGAGUCCUAUGGUAGCACAUUUUAACAAAAAAGACAAAUACAAAAAUGAAGCCCUUUUCCUGUAUGUGUAAAUGAACAUUUGUAUGAUUAAAUCAACACCUUAAAAGAA